AUGGUUAUGAUAUUUAAAAUCUACGAUGCCUCCUGCCAUGGCAGAUACCCUGGACAUCUGGGCAGUAGACUCACAUAUAGCAGCUGAUGGCUCAAUAUCUGUGGACUGCCUCCUACCCACUGGAAUCUACAUCAGUCUAGAUGUCCCUCGCGAUGCCACUAUUUCUCAUAUAAAACAGCUAUUAUGGAAGCAAGCGCACAGCUACCCGCUAUUUCACCUCCUUAUGGAGAUAGACUCCUAUAUGUUUUCCUGUGUGAAUCAGACAGCAGUUCGUGAGGAACUGGAAGAUGAGACGCGAAGACUCUGUGACGUUCGACCAUUUCUUCCUGUCCUUCAGUUAAUUACAAGAAGCUGUGACCCAGGAGAAAAAUUGGACUCCAAGAUAGGUGUCCUCAUAGGAAAAGGUCUCCAAGAGUUUGAUGCCCUACAGGACCCAGAAGUAAAAGAAUUCCGGGAUAAGAUGGGACGAAUCAGUGAAGAAAAGAUGAAGUCGCUUAUAGGGUUAUCUUGGAUUGACUGGCUAAAACACACUUAUCCUCCAGAACAAGAACCAGCAAUCCCAGAAAAUCUCCAAGAUAAACUCUAUGGUGGCAAUCUAGUUGUAGCUGUUCAUUUUGACAACUGUCAGGAUGUAUUUAGUUUCCAGGUUUCUCCUAACAUAAACCCUAUCAAGUUGAAUGAACUGGCAAUUCGGAAGCGUUUGACUAUCCACGGAAGGGAAGAUGAAGUAGUUGAUCCUUAUGACUAUGUGCUGCAAGUCAGCGGAAGACUGGAAUAUGUCUUUGGGGACCAUCCAUUAAUUCAGUUCCAGUAUAUCCAUCGCUGUGUGAUGAACAGAAUUCUUCCUCAGCUGACUCUUGUUGAAUGUAGCAGCAUAAAGAAAAUGUGCGAACAGGAAAUGAUUGCCGUAGAAGCUGCCAUAAACCGAAAAUCAUCCAACCUUCCUCUUCCUCUGCCACCCAAAAAAUCACGAACAGUAGCUUUGACUCAAAGUGUAUGGGAUAUUACCCUCCCUUUCAAGGUGGUGCUGGUAAGCGGGACCAAGCUGAACACAGAAGAGACUGCUAAAGUUCAUGUCAGGGCUGGUCUUUUCCAUGGAACUGAGCUCCUUUGUAAGCCUAUCGUAAGCUCAGAAAUAUCUGGGAGAAAUGACCAUGUUUGGAAUGAGCCCUUGGAAUUUGAUAUCAACGUUUGUGACUUGCCAAGAAUGGCUAGGCUGUGCUUUGUGGUUUAUGCUGUGAUGGACAAAAUGAAAAAUAAAAAGUCAGCCAAGACACUUAAUCCUUCCAAAUACCAGACUAUUAGGAAAGCUGGGAAAGUGCACUAUUCUGUCGCUUGGGUCAAUACCAUGGUGUUUGACUUUAAAGGACAGUUGAAAACGGGGGACUUUGUACUGCACAGCUGGUCAUCAUUUCCUGAUGAACUUGAAGAGAUGUUGAAUCCAAUGGGAACAGUACAAACAAAUCCAUACACUGAAAAUGCAACAGCUUUGCACGUCAGGUUUCAAGAGUAUUCAAAACUUCCUAUUUAUUACCCUCCCUUUGACAAGAUACUUGAAAAGGCAGCUGAGAUUGCAAGAAAUAGUGAUAGUUCUGGUAUGGCAGGUCGGGGCGGCAAAAAGUUCUACAUUGAGCUAAAGGAGAUCAUGGAAAGGGAUCCUUUGUCUCAGCUCUGUGAAAAUGAAAUGGAUCUCAUUUGGACUUUGCGAUACGACUGCCGUGAGAAUUUUCCACAAUCCUUGCCAAAGCUAUUGCUCUCAAUCAAGUGGAACAAGCUCGAAGAUGUUGCUCAGCUUCAGGCCCUUCUUCAAAUAUGGGCCAAACUGCCUCCCAGAGAAGCAUUAGAAUUAUUGGAUUUCAAUUAUCCAGAUCAAUAUGUACGAGAAUAUGCAGUAGGCUGUUUAAGACACAUGAGUGAUGACGAACUUGCUCAGUAUCUUCUGCAGCUUGUGCAAGUACUGAAAUAUGAACCUUUUCUCGACUGUGCCCUCUCCAGGUUCCUGAUAGAGAAAGCACUGGCAAACAGGAGGAUAGGACAGAUGCUGUUUUGGCAUCUGAGAUCUGAAGUACACAUACCUGCAUUUUCAGUACAAUUUGGUGUGAUUCUUGAAGCUUACUGCCGUGGGAGUGUUGCUCACAUGAAAGUUCUUUCUAAACAGGUCGAAGCACUGAACAAGAUGAAGACUUUGAAUAGUCUAAUAAAGCUGAAUGCUGUGAAGCAAAGCAAAGCCAAAGCAAAAGACGCAAUGCAUACCUGUUUAAAACAAAGAGCUUACAAAGAAGCCCUUUCUGAUCUCCAGUCCCCGCUGAAUCCUUCGGUCAUACUUUCAGAACUGUAUGUGGAAAAAUGUAAAUACAUGGACUCUAAAAUGAAGCCUUUAUGGAUAGUAUAUAACAACAAAGUGUUUGGUGGAGAUUUGGUGGGGAUUAUUUUUAAAAAUGGAGAUGAUCUACGACAAGACAUGCUGACGCUUCAGAUGUUACGUUUGAUGGACUUGCUUUGGAAAGAAGCUGGUCUAGAUCUUCGAGUCUUGCCAUAUGGUUGUUUAGCAACAGGAGAUCAUUCUGGUUUAAUUGAGGUUGUUUCUGCUUCCGAGACCAUUGCAGAUAUUCAACUAAAUAGUAGCAACGUUGCUGCUGCGGCUGCAUUCAACAAAGAUGCUCUCUUAAAUUGGAUUAAGGAAUACAAUUCAGGAGAUGACCUGGAUCGCGCUAUUGAGGCAUUCACACUCUCUUGUGCUGGCUACUGUGUAGCUACUUAUGUGCUGGGCAUAGGAGACCGACAUAGUGACAAUAUCAUGGUCAGGAAGAACGGUCAGCUCUUCCAUAUAGAUUUUGGCCAUAUUCUUGGAAACUUCAAAUCCAAAUUUGGAAUUAAAAGGGAGCGAGUGCCUUUCAUUCUUACCUAUGAUUUUAUUCAUGUCAUUCAGCAGGGGAAAACAGGAAACACUGAAAAAUUUUGCCGGUUCCGACAAUGUUGUGAAGAUGCAUACUUGAUUCUGCGAAGACACGGGAACCUGUUCAUCACUCUCUUUGCAUUGAUGUUAACGGCCGGGCUUCCAGAGCUAACUUCUGUUAAGGACAUCCAGUAUCUAAAGGACUCUCUUGCCUUAGGGAAGAGCGAGGAAGAGGCGCUAAAGCAGUUCAAGCAGAAAUUUGACGAAGCGCUGAGAGAAAGCUGGACUACUAAAGUGAACUGGAUGGCACACACUGUUCGAAAGGAUUACAGAUCCUGAGUGGUUUAUGAAUUUGCACUAAGCUGAAUGUUACUCUGACAGUAAAAUGUUUAAAAGGGAAUCAAUGGACCCUUUCUAAAAAUGGACCCAAGCAUAUUGCCUGAAUGAUUAUUUUGCACUCUGCUGUAGAAUGCUUUGACAAGAUUUUGUAAAACUAGCCGAUGUUAUCUAUAAAUUCUUGUUCCGACUUUGCACGCUGAAAGCUACUUACUAAGCUUUUAUGUUAUUAUUUUGAUACAUUGCAAAGCUGUAAAUAUUUUGGGUUUUUUAUGUUUUGGGAAUGGAC